AUGCACAAAGUUGUAGCACUAGUAUUUUUGCUCUUAUUGGUCGUGAUAUUUUGGAAUUAUGUUGAAGCAGCAGGUAAGUAUUUCUUUGUUGCUAAAAAUGUAUUAUCACUUCAUUGCUUCUAAACCAGUCAAAAAAUUUUAGACAAAGAGAGGUUUAGCUGAUCUCUCAAGGUAAAAAAGUAAACCUAAAGGUUCUAUUUGAACUGAAGCCGAAAAAUUAUAUUAAACUUGCGUUCUGACGAUCUUUGAGUCAUUUCGUCUCAUGGAUUGUAGAUUCUUAUUAAAAGCCACAGAACUUUCUAAGUUUUCGCCAUAAUUUUUUAAGAUGAUGUUACCCAAGAAAAGAGAAAAGGUGUGUAUAAGUUCCUGUGAAAUUCUUUAAAUCAAUCGGGAUUCAAGAACUUUUGAUGAUGCCCUUCUUUGACUCGAUGCACUUACUUCAAUUUAUUUUACAGCGAUACUAAAUGCUGUUCUCUUUUUCGUUUUGAAUCAGAACAGAUCCAAAGAUAAUUUAAAGUGUUGAAAACUCAUUCAGCUCUAGAAACUACAUGAUAGGAGAAUCAAUGCCUUACUUCAGCCCUUUCCCAUUGUUUAUUUUAUUUAUUUAUCAUUGUCAUUUCUUUUUCGCGUUAUUCUUUCUUGAAAGUAAAUGGAGGCUGGUCCGGUUGGUCGGCAUGGAGCGGCUGUGCAGCAGGCAUUUGCGCGGGAAAUCAGCGCAUUCGAACGAGAACUUGCACCAAUCCCCUCCCAAGUGAUGAUGGAAAAUAUUGCGAUGAAGGAGAAAGCUCGGAACAAAAAGAUUGCUUAAGUAAGUGCCAACACACAUGUCAGUAGCUGUAAAAGAUCAAUAAUUUAGAGUUAGCCCGAUAAGCUAGCGUGAAUAUUUGCAGCAAAAUAUCAAUUGUAAUUUCAAAUCUUCUUGUUUGGCAAAAUCAACUAAGAAACACAUCAGAGCUGGUAUAGAAAAAACGGUGCUUCGUCGUAUUCAUAAAUAUACAAUACUUUUCGUAUCAUAAUUGUAUUUCUUUCUCUAUUUCGCUUAUCUGGAUAACUACUGAUGUCAAAUCAUUUCAGUUGACGGGGGCUUCACAGAGUGGAGCCAAUGGUCUUUGUGUGACAAUCCGUGCGGAGGAUCUGUGGUCAACAGAAGUAGAGCAUGCACCAACCCCACUCCCACUCCCGAUGGGAAACCGUGUUCUGGUGAUGCCUUCCAAACGAAACUUGAAUGUAUCUGGCCGUGUCCAAGUAAGUAAAUCCCCUCAUUUAAAAGAUUCCUAUGUAGGGAUCAUUCAUCAGUGGUGCGAAAUGAAUGUAUCAUUAAAGUCAAUUUAAGUCUUUUUUUCAAUUAUAAAUUCUAAGCUGGUAACAAGCAGUUUGAAGUUAUUAGCUUUCACAUUUUGAAAAGAUAUCGACAGGAAUUGAGAGAAGGUGCACUUAAAGGGUUUUUUUUGAAUACCAAUACGAAGAUAAUAGCCGUUUGUUAAUAAAACUUAUGAUUAUAAAUUGGCAAGGCUAUCUGUGAGACUUCAAUUUGCAUUGUGCCUACAUUGUCUUUUAGCUGGUCCUCUUGACGGCGAAUGGGGAGCUUGGACUCCAUGGACUCAGUGUCCCCAAACAUGUGGAAUACCUGGAGGGACCGUUCUCAAAAGAACAAGGUUAUGCAAUCGACCACCUCCGAUGAAUGGCGGGAAGCAGUGUGUUGGGAACGGCACAGAAACGGCGAGAGCUUGUUUUGCAGAAUGCCCAGGUUAAAAUAAUUCUCCUAUUAAAACAUCUUUGUCGAAUGCAAAGUUCUACAUAAUCACGACCGUCACAGUUACAGUGACUGUGCAAUCAAGAAUUCAGACCUCAUGAUCAUUUUGACGACAAAAUUAUUUUGAUUUGAUUGGAGUUGGGUUGAUUUAUUUUGUCAUUUUUAUGUUAUUGUUUUGUUUUUUUUUAUCUUGUUUGAUUAUUUUUUCCCCAUUUUUUCGUUCAUUUCUCACUUGAUUGCAUCCUUCCAGUGUAAUACAGUUGCAAGGUUAAACACGAAAGCGUGCUAUUUAUUUUUUUUUACCUUUGUAUCAUUCACAGUCGAUGGCGGCUUUGGUCUUUGGUCAUCUUGGACAGCGUGUAGUAAAACGUGUGGUACUGGUUCUCAAUCAAGAAGCAGACCCUGUAAUAACCCAACCCCUACCGGUGGGGGACAAAACUGCACUGGGGACUCCUCUCAAGCAAAGAGUUGCAAAAUCAAGUCAUGUCCAGGUGAGGAAUUCUUACUUUGUGUGUGCUUUUAUGAAGGUCAGACAAAGUGUAGUGUUUAUGUAAAUGAUGAAACAGAGAGUCGGGUUCUUAAUUUAUAUUGCAACUUUGCCCUUUGCAAAUACUUACAUUCGUACUAUUAGGUGCGGUAAAUGGAGGGUGGUCAGCGUAUUCGUCUUGGACAGCAUGCACAGAGCCUAAAUAUUGUCUGCAAGGAAUCAAGAAAAGGACGAGAAGCUGUACAAAUCCUCCUCCAGCAAAUGGCGGUGAUGAGUGUGCUGGUCUGGCGGAAGAAGAAAAGGUUUGUCCCACACAAGAGGAUGGAUGUACAAGUAAGAAUUUUUUAUAUCGUAAAUUAUUAAGUUUUUCGAAAAAAAUAAUACAUUCGUUGGAUUGUUGAAAAUUUUCCUCAUGAUCUUAAGCCAAAUGUAAAUAUGCAUAAAAUCGUUGCAUUGAACUUCUUCUUUUUUAUAAGUGAUUUAUGUUCAAGAAGGACAAAAAGGAAGGAACACGCUGGACCAUGUUGUUUCCAAAUUAUUUAUUUUGGAGUGCCUAUUUAAAGAACACAACAUUAUGUAAAGCCCAGUCGUUUGGAACUUAUCACUUCGCGAUUGAUUUUCUGGCGAUCUUUUAGGUAAUGCUAUUUUCUUCUACCAUACCCAAAAAAUACAUUCGAAUACAUGAGAAACAUGCCAUUUUUAACCUUUUGAUUAGUGAUGGGGGCACUGACAGCUUGUCGUCCUUGUUUUGUUUAAAGCGUAUCAACCCAACAAGCCCGACAAAACGCCUACAGACCCAGCUUCCUGGAUUGCAAUAGAAUGUGAAGCGGCCGAGAAGUUCUCAGCUACUGGGGCACACAAACAGGAUGUUCCUUUCGCUGUGUAUUCAAACUUCAACUUCAUGAAAACUGAGUUGGAAAGCGGGUGGUUUGCCAUCCAAGUAGUCCCUGAUGAUAAAGACGAUUACGGGCAAAAGAAGUUGACUAAGGUGUGUUGGUGAGAUAAAUGUAAUGACGGUGUCAGGAUCUGACUUGGACUGGUUGUUAAUAGUUAAUCCUUGUUAACGUUGGUCCUUCUUCGCUCAGGUAUGUUUUGAAAUAAUUGAUCCGCUGACCAUCAACAAAGUUGUCGCAAAUAAAGCAACAUACUAUUCAAAAAUAUCCGCGAUACCGGAUUGGACUAAGCCCGAAUUAACUGAAACUGUUCCUGCGUUUACCAUCUGGAUUGACGAAUCACAAGCUCUAAGAAAAUACGAAUUUCAGUGCGCAAAAUCAGAUGAGUAUGUACCGUUUACCGGAUUCAUCGUCAAAAAUGUUAGGUAAGAAUUUGUGUCUGUUCGGAUGUAGUUUUUUUUUUCAGCACACUUACAAAUAUAUUUUGUUUGUGUCAAUUUAAUUCUGUUGCUAACUCACUGACGCGGGACAAAUUGAUACAGAGUGAUCGAAGUUACGAGACUUUCCAUGGCUUUUAUCCAAUGAUAUCUUGUCUCGUUGAAUAAAGAAAUUUUAUUUCACAAAUGUUCAUGAUGAAAAUUAAGAGUCAAUCGUAAUUCAUUCAACAGAGAAAUAAGCAUUGUUGCCUUAUAACUCCACUUUAGAUUUACGUACUACACAGAAGGUAAUUCCCAGACGUUUAAAGCAAAAGGAGAUCAUUAUAUCGAAACAGGAACUGCAUUCCGCACUGAAGUGAAGAAAGAUGUGAUUAGUGGAUCGGUGUAUGCUAAAGGCACGGCACCGUCUGUUACAUUUACGGACGUAAUGGCCUCAUACGGUUUGAAGCCAAGCUCCCUCCCAGAUUUCUUUGUGAAUGCUUUAAAGUAAGUAAUUAAUCUUAACAGUGUUAUAAAAUCUUGGUUUCCUUGUGUCUCAAUUUAACCUUUCCUUUCACUUAUCAACUCAAAAUACAGGUUUUUAGCUCCAAACUAGGCUCUAGAUAGCAAGAUAACUUUGGUUUUAUCAACGGAGUUAACGAGGAAAAGUAGCCAUCGUAAAGAGUUCCUACGCUGACUUUUAGAGCGCCACCCCUUUGUCUGAGCGAAACUCUGGAUAGUGUGUAGCGGCUCUUUUUCCUGCGUCGUUCAGAAUCUGAUUAGAUUAUCCUCGCUCAUUAUUCUCUAUUAACAAUUUAUACAACACUCUGAAUAUUGCCUUUUAAAACUUUCUUUAUCGACCAUCUAUUUGCUGCAUAAUGUAUUGCCUCCUGAGAAUAAUUGAUAUCUUAGUGGUCCACAUGAGACAUGCAAACGUUACUUCUGAAUCUUUUUAUUUCCACAGAGGAAUUGGUCUGUGGGAUUUCAGCUUAAAGCCAGCGGAAUUUGUAAGGAAGCUCGCAAAGGGUGGAGUAAACAGAUUUACAGCCUCAAUCGAUGCGGGCGGUGUCCCAAUUCAUGUUGAGAUAAUAACUGGAAUCAGAUUUGGAAGACCCGCUUUUGCUGUCGGGUUUGCCUUUGAUCGGGAAUCGUUUGGAAAAGUUGCUGAAAAACUGUCCGGAAUCGGAGUGGAUUUCCUGGACAAACUUGGCUUUGAGUUAGAGGUAAUAACAACAAUAUUGAGCAAUUAUGAAAGUGUAAUGCAUUAUAAAUUGGUGAAGGAAAUGAUCAUCGAGCUCUGUGAUUGAAAUAUUUUUGUUUUGUACUUUGCCUUUUAGAUUGGGGUAUCAUUCUGCCCUCCAGAGAGCCUUGGAUUUCAGGACGUCUAUAUUGAUGCCGAAACACAGUUUUCGAAAGAACCGCUGCACAGUUUUGUCAUUGCAAGUGUUCCAAGAGGUAGGUUUGCUUAUUUAGAUUCCAAAAAGUUCGGCUUCAUGAAGAAAAUCCAAACCAUAAAAUGAAGUGAUAGGGUUCUGAGAGACUUCUUAGCAAACAUGAAUGUUUAAAAAUUCAUUCGAUCUUUGGAAGAAAAUGAGAGUGGCACCUUGUCCUAAGAUAGAAUACAUUGUUAGCUUUAGCUUAUGAAGUGUGGCUCAUGAAGAAACGAAUUGAACGUUCGUGAUGCUCUCUUGGAGCUCUCACUGCUAAGUGCAAUUUAUGGAGUAACCAGUGAGAGCUUUUUGUUUCAAGGGCAGUCUGUUUUCUACGGUUCUGUUCCUACCUCUUGCCAAUGCCAAAAAAAUACUUUUUUUUUUUUUAAAUGUAGCACAUUGCAUUAAAAAUAUAUCGUACUCAGCGGUAUGGUUAUGGUAAAUCUGCGUAUUUUGGCGAGAAAUCAAUGCUAUCGGUUAUGAAUGAUAUAAUGAUGUACUUUUUCUACAGGCAUUUUCGCUGCAGCUCAAAUCGUUUUACCAAAAGACUGCAAAGGCAAUAAAUUCUGUGAAAUUGUUAAGAUGAUCGUAGGGCCAACCGCCAAGUGGUACAUAACAGGUCACUUCCAGUGGAAAAAUAUCCGAAUUGCAACGGGCUUCGCAAAUAUCCGCAUUUUCGGUGGCCUGUAUUUUCACAAACUAGAGCUGUAUGUCGAGGUAAGUUACAGCUGUAGAAUACUCCAUAAAUUCAACAUGUUUCUCAUCUCCCUCCCACUUGUUAUUGUAGUAAUUUUCAGUCGAAAUGAAGGGUUUUACAUUGUACCUCUUGAAGACAUUGAAGUAGAGAUUUCAGGACAUCGCGCAGAAUGCCGCGACAUAUCCCGAACUUUUAAGACUGACCAGCGGUAAAUUUAAAACAGAAUUGGCGAAACGCGAGCCACACAAUAGAGAAAAUGGCUUGAAAAUCACAAGAGGGGUGGAUGUUUUUCUUGUUUUCACUAAAAUCGCUUUGAAUAAACCACUUUUACCAUAUGAAUUUCAAAGAAGAGAGAUUAUAGAGGCCCCCUGUACCUUUGCUGUUGCUUUAGGACGUCUAGAAGGCAUAUCAAAACGGGUAUAAAAGCUCGCUUUUUUGCAUAUAUGCUAGUAUGGGAAUAGCCCCUGGCCUACUUAUGGCGUAAUUAGGUGAAAGACAAAAACUCUUUUGCUGUUUUACCAUACGGUUAUUUUAACUUAAUUGUCAGGGAAACCUUGGGGGGGGGAAGGGAGGGGAGAAGAAGGAAAGAAAGAGAUAGUUUUGCGGGCCUUGGAGCGACAACAAGGAUCUGGGCGAAGAAGCUUUUAUUGUGAUAGAGUGCAAAUUCUCACAACGCACAAAAAAAGUAAAUAAACGUCCCUAUUGGCCGGUCAAAAACACGCCACAUUCUAUACUUUGGUUUGAGCGAGAACAUUUGAUUCAAUUAAUUACCGAGAACUGUGAAUGAAAAGCUCAAAAUUUACGGGAAAAAUGGAGAAAAUCAAAGCCAAAUGAACUAAAAAAAAAAAAUAAACACAAAAACAAAAAUUCUCUUAUUUACGCACGGGCGUGCAUAAAUAAAGAUUUUGUUCAUAGCGGCUCAAUAGGACUUAUAUAGGACAAGCACGCUGGCUAUGUUAAAAUACAUAAUAGGACCAUGAUUCCUCACUCUUAUCCAGGCUGAUUGGAAUGCUACGACCAAACAUAUCAAGAUGGGAUUCCGUGCAGACAUCAAGAUUCCAGUGAACGGUGACAUUUAUCGCGAUGGUAUCAAAGCACCGAAUAGCGAACUGUUUCUGUUCGGUGUGUUGGAAUACGAUUUCUUACAACAGGUGGUAGCCGGGAAAUUAGGCAUGAGAGGAAUAUGGAGGAAGGCUUUCGCCAUUCCAUUUCUCGGUAUUGGUAAUAUUUUCCUCGGGUAAGACUAAGUGUCGCAGCUCACAAAGCUACGGCUUUUGAUUCCAGCUAUUAGGAUUGAGAUUAGUCAAUAGAAUUAAAAAGUAAAAUAGAUGAACAGUAAAAUGAAUCCAGGCAAGCGUCGACGGAACAUGAACCUAUUACUCUCUGUCACGCGCUCGGCGCUACUAUAAACUGAGGCACGAACCCUCGAAUUGGAGCGAGGCAACUUCAUUUGGCUCUUCACUACGGCCACAGUCGGUAUUGCGGUAAGGUUAGAUGUAUUUUUCGCAUCUAGCUAUUCACAUAUUUUUAUCGUUUUAAAAGAAAUCGCCUCACACAGUUGCUUGCCGAGCUCGCACGCUUCAUCCGUUGUGUUCUUUCACAAGCUUCCUUUCGUUUUGAAACCUUGACACGGUUUAUUGUUCAAGAUAUCCCGCCUCGUUAUUUAAUAUCUUACGCUUUCUUGUGUUUACCUUGUCCACUAAAACAACAUAAGUCGCUAUUGAGCAAACUAGAAUAAUUUGUUUUGCUUUAAAGCGUUUCAUGAGCGUGCCUUCACCUUUAGUUCCCAAUUUUUAACGCUGAUGUAUGUUAUGCUCUAAGCACUUUGCGUUUGCAUUUAAUUCCUAAGAAAUAAUAAAAUCUUUUGAUGUAAGGUUGACAUAUCAAGUUGGGGUGCCAUUUCCAGUCACUGGUGUCCAGUUUGGAAUGCGAAUUGAAUUUGGAUAUGACUGUUUGAUACCAGCAGACUUUAAUAACGAUGUAAGUAACACUACAUCAUUUUGCAUAAAAACAGCUAUGCAGUGUCGGCAUUUGGAACAAAAUAUUCUAAUGGUUCAAAAGAUAUUCAAAUUGUAUAACUCAAAUACUCCCUAAAAGCACUUUCAUCUAAGUCUGAGAUUUAGUAAAAAAAUUUAAAAGUAACCAAUCAACAUACUAAAAGUGUCUGAUCACGAGUAUUGACUUUUAUUUUGAUUCUGAUGCAUUUUUCCUAGGUUGUCUUAUUCUUACACACUAUGUUGUUUAGUGUAUGCAAAUCUGCUUUUGUUUUCUUUGCCUUGUCGAUAGGGUCAUUGUUUCGGUGGAAGUGGCUAUUUUGGAAUUGGAAAGCCUCAGUUUUUUUAUGCCAGCAUAACAGCAUUGACUCUUGGGAAAAUCAUUCGACUUCUAGGAUUGAAAUUCCCGCUUCCGCCUCCAAUUGCACAAACUGGCUUCCCAGAAGGCGUCGAGGUAAGUUUUGAGAGAAGUCGUCUCACAAAACCACAGCUCUCCGUGAUAAUUUUUUUUUUCAUCCUAUGACCAAGGGAAGCGUUGAGUCUGAAGAGGUUCCUUUAAUUUUAAAAUCAGUAGGGCAGAACAGGCUUCAAAAAUCGGAGGGAGGCUACUUCUAGGGAGACUGUUUAUUUAUGUUAAAAUACGUAAGUCUGAGUGAAAAUAGAGAGUUGAAAAAAGGCAUGAAACGAUAUCAUAGAAUCCACCUCAUGAAAUUGAUUGAUCGGCCGGUUCCUUUAGACGUAGAAUUUUAACCUCUCUUAUCUUUGUCGCACCAGCUUAGCGGCGCAUUGAAUUGGUCUGUCAGCGAUAGUUCGAGUCAUCAAUGGAUUCUGUACCUUUCUGCCGAUCAAGUUUAAUUGUCAAAAUAAAAGCAUCCCAAUCUUAUGCAAGAGAUACACUACCUCAACUAACAUUAGUUCCCCUGGCCAAGUGGAUUUCCUUUAAUCACCGACCCACGACGGCGGUACACCAUGGCCAGCAUGAUUGAAAUUUUGGUCCCUUCAAAAUGUAUUCCUAAAAUCGUAAUUCCUUUUUUCUUUUUUCAGGGCUCAUAUUCAACUGACAAUGUUGAUCUGCGAAUCGCAGGUGGCCCAUACAUCUACAAAGGAUUUAUGAUCAAAGGACGAGUCAAUAUUCUGGGAUGGGAAAUAUAUGCACACAUCAAACUAUCAGAUACGGUAAGAAACUUUCAGUUGCUUGUUCCUUUUUAUGGCUGUUUCCAACGGAGUAUUUGUGAUUUGGUUCUUGAAGUAAAAUGGCUGGCAAAUCCAACAGCAGUCAUCUACUUUCGGUAUGUAGAUAUUAGAGAACUGGAGACAGCUGCUUGAGACCUUUCUAUCACUUAAACGCUCAUUGUUUAAGGUCCUUUUUUAUAAGUCAUAGCUUGGCCGAUACUUGAAAUUUCUAAGACUUCCGUAUUCCAAUAAGUGCCUCUCCUCCACUGCUGCUCCACACUACAGCCACAGCUUAAUUACCACGGAAUCUUUUUACAGCCUUGUAAUGAUCAACUCCACAUGUCGGGACCGAUAGUUCACCCAAACUCUUUAAUAUCGUUUACAGGCAAUUUUUGUGGACUUGAAACCUGACCCGAUCAAUAUUUUGGGCAUUGCGAAAAUUACCCGCAGUCCCUCCCAGCAAGAUAAAGGACCUUGGUUUUAUGUUGACGCAAGGAAGACUCCAAUUUUUAUAGAGGUGAGUCGAUGCGAAGUUUUAAUAUGAUUAAUUACAAUAAAAUAUGAUAUUUCAUAGUGAAAACUCGCAAGUCUAUGCUUUAUUUGUCAGACAAGAAUAUGCCUGGGUUUCGAGCUUAUUUAAAAAAAAUGCUUAGCAUGGGCCUGAAGAACAGCAACAGAAACUUCGAAAAUAAGAAAAUAAAUAAACAAAACACACCAGUACAUGAAUUUAGCCAAGGCCCAAGAGUGUUUCUUCAAUUCAAGAGUCGAAUCUUCUCCUAUAUGUGCAUGACUUCGCGUUAUGGUCUUAUACAAUUUUUUGUAUUUGCCAAUUAUAUUGUCAUGGGCAGAUGAACUUUGCUAUGGAUGUGCGGCACGUUGUCAAAUAGGAUGCUUUAUUUUUUUAUGCGCAAGAGUUUGGAUUGUACAGGUACUAAUGAACAACGCUCUUUAUCACCAGGCUUACAUCGAGGGUUACACAGAACUUCUAGGGAUUUCAACUUAUUGUCGGUUGAACUUAACAAUGACAAGGAUGGAGCUACUGAUCCAAGGAAAUUUCCUGAAUCUCAUCAAAGCAGAAUUGUUCGUAUUUGCAGCUUAUAGCUACCUUUUCCCAAGUGCCGAGUUCUACGUCAGAGUUACAGUCGACCUAAGUGGAAUAAACAACGUAAGUAAUUUCCUUUGUGCUCCCUUCCUCAAAAUUAUCUGAAGACCUACCUGCUUACUAAAAAAAUAGUUGGUUUAGAGUCACUUUCACUAUGUUUAGUUAUUCCCCAAGUUAUACGUGCAGCGCAACAAAUUUGUUUCUGAGGUCGUUCCUAAGCCAAAAAGGUAACUGUUAACUCAGAUUGCGUUUUUCCCUACGCAAAGAAAAUAACGAAGAAAACCUUUUUUAUCUACUGUUACUGUAAACUUACGUCCGUUCGACGGUGCAGAUUUUAAUAGACAGGUUCCUGAGUCUGUGUUGUUUGCAUUCAAUAUUCACGAAAAUUUUCUGGUCUCGUAAAAAAAUCUAACUCUACAAAUUUAUGCAAAUUAACAUGGGCACUUUGGUAUCCUUUUAGGUACUGCGCUACGCGAUACCUGUGUAUAGGAAAUCACGUGAACGCAAAUGCAUUUCACGACUUAAAGGCACCAGUAAUGAUUCAAAAGUUCUGUAUUUUUUUUGAAACAUUCAAAAUAUCGAUCAGGGCGGGAUUACCAUCGAGCGCGAAAUGCAAGAGCAGUACGUUUAUACCCACUUUUGUUCAUAACUUGAUUCUUAACAAAAGCUAUUUUGUGAGAACUCGGUACACAAUCGACCUACUUUCCAACGGCGAGGAAGAUUCUGUUGUUUCCUCUGAGUUGCCAUAGUAUGCCAUAACUAUGAGAUACAAACGUGGCUUAAUAAUUAAGAAUUAGAAAAAAAUUUCAUCCAUCUCAGAAAAAGUUAAAUUUUAAGACAGCGGAGAAUAAACAGCCCGUAAUGCAUUAUGUGACCUACUUUGGAUCCGCCAUUGGCCAAUCAUGGAUGAGAUGUUUCGUUGUCUAUUUUUCCAGGCAUUAGACGCAGCCGCCAAAGCUGUCAAAGGGGCUUUCGAUGCUGCUCAGAAGAAGCUCUCUGAUGCAAGAAAUAAAGUCAUCCAAGAAAAGGAAAACUGCAAAAGAAAAAUGGCGCUCAAGUGUGAUAACUGUAAAAAGCUGAAAUGCGCUCAAGCUGAACGAAAUUGUAAAGGAUGGUUGGAUGCCGCCGGAAAAUGGAUUGGUGGGGUAGUAAAUGCUGCUGGUGAGUCGCUCUCCUUAAGUUCUUUUAUAGGGCUUCUGAAAAUUUGAGUUUUAUUUCAAGAACCAACAUUGAUGACAAAGUAUUUCGUAGCACGAAUGAAUAAAGGGGGUAAGUUUCUAAAGAAACUGUGGUGCUGCGUCGAUGGGAGAGUAUAACAGGGUAAUUUAGCAUUAUCAAUUGAGUUUAUAACGUUAAUUUGCCACCGUAAAGAGUUUAAAAGUUGGCGUUUCGAGUGUUACUCCUUCGUCAGUGCGACAGACGAAGGGCUAACACUCCAAACGUCAGCUUUUAAACUCUUUGCGGUGGCCAAUUAACUAUAUUAGUUAAUUGGCCACCGCAAUUGAUAAUACUAAAUACUAAAUUACCCUAUUUUAGAAUAGAAUGAGCUAGUGGCCCUCGGUUAAAGUUUCCCUUGAAUGACAACAGCUGAGUAGGGCAUAGUAAGGAAUUUAUUUCAAGGGAAGAGGGGGGUGGGAGGUGGUCACGGUUACGAAUGUCCGUGCGUCUAACGUGGAAUGAUUCAUAAAACCGCUCUAAUUUCGUGAUUAGGCGGGCUUGCAGUGAGGACCGAUGAAAUAGUCAUAGAAUUCUAGUGCACAUCUGGCACCAGGACAGAUUAGCACGUUUUCACUAGCUAAAUUACAAGGUUUUUAUUUUGUUGAAUUUCAAAAAAAAAAUUAUCCCACAAAUGGAGGAAAGGGAUUCGUCAUGGGAUCCAUCAUUGCUAUGCCCUUGGCUGAAGUUACAGUGACAAUAGGGCAAGGCCCAAAGGAAACUGCGCUUAUCUUUUACUGUGUUUUGUUUUUUUUUGUUCUUAUUUAUGUCUCUCUUUAUGUUUUCGUUCCUUUUCUACAUAACGUAAGCCGUGAAACUCCUCCUUCUGAACUACCGAGGACUUUUUUUUAAAAUUUUUUUGAACCAAUGUGAUUCAUCAAUGUGCCUAUUGAUCUAUUUUGUUGACUGUCGUAUUAGCCUUAGAACUAAUUUACUUAACCUGAUACAAAUUGUGCGAUAACUUCAUUUCAGGUAAAUGGAUUAAGAAGACUUUCCAGAAGAUUGGGAAGGCUUUAGCUCCAGUAAGUUUCUUCAAUAACGGGUUGCCAUACAAACCUGGUGCUAUUUUUGUAAAAAAGUUAUUAAUAUAUAUGAUCUUUAUCAUCAUCAACGUUGUUAAAAUGUUAGAUACUACGUUGUGUUACAGAUUGGAAAGGCCAUCAAGAAGUUUUUUAAGGGCUGGAAAAGGAGGAGAGAAAUACAAGAUAUGCAAAAUGAGAAUUUUGCCCUUCACAUACGGAAACGUCGAUUUAUUAGCAAAAUUAUCUGCGAAGGCCUUGUAGGGGGAGGGUGCAAAGGUCAGUUGAAAUAUUGUAAGGUUACUUUUAACGCUUCAACUCUUAAAAGGAAUAAAUAUGUACUUUCUUCUUACCAUUUUAUAUGUAAUCUUGCAAACAGGUUAUAAGAACAGAUGAGUAUAUUAAUUUGAAGACUUUGUCUGGACACAACACCAAAUUCUCCUGUCUCAUUUCUAAGCUAAUUUCUUUUCAUAACAUCAAUCCCUUUUUUUCGCAAAAAGGUGAUGCAAAGUGGGAAAUUAUGAUUAUACCAAAAAAAUGGUUGACAAGACGCAUGUUGUUGUUGUUGUUAUUAUCUAGUUUUUGUGCCAACGUCAAAAGGUAAGCUUUAAUGAUUUUUCCGGAUUAACAGACCGAUCUAUUGGAUGCUAGAAACUGUACUUGAAAAUGAGACGUUGUUAGGAAACGUUCAAGUUGUUUUGUUUUUGGUGUUAUACGUGACGCUGGGCGUUUCAUGAUGACAUCACAAGUAGUUUACACCCGCAUUUUACGAUAACUGUCCAAAUGUUAUCAAAUGAGAGGAAAAUGCGAAAAGUUACAGUAGAAUAACACUCAUAGGGCUAACUCAGAAUAAGUUGUCUAUUUUUUCUAUACUAUAGUUCUGUAAACUUGGAACAGCCUCAUUUUAACACUGAGUGGAUGUAUAAUUCUUUUUCAUUUAUAGCUUGCAAGCUGUGGAAUAAGCUACCGUUAUUCAUUAAAAACUCAGAUAAUCUUAAAGUGUUUAAAAAGGCUCUCCAUUAGUUCAACUUAGAAUUUUUACACUAGUUUUUGUCGUGCAUACGUUAUAAGGUUAUUUUAUCACUUUUAUUUUUUCUCUCAUCUAUUUUAUUCUUUGCUAUCAUGGUUUGUGACUUUUCUAAAUGUUCAUGUCAAAUUUAGCUCUUUUUAAAUAAUUCAUUUUUUAUAUCCUGAUACAUCUUUUUUUUUUCCUUAGCGGUUUCUUCCCUCUGCUAUGGCUCUUGUAAGGCCGUCGAAUUUAUCGGAAAGGGUCUCUGCAACGUACUAGACAUCGCUGUUGGCUUCUUAAAGUUGACUGAGAUGGCUUGUAACUGGGUCAGUAAAGCUAUCAACUUUAUCCUGACUAAGCUGUUUAGAGUGCACAGGUAAAUGAAAUGGAUUCUGAGCAUAGCAGAUGUUAGCUGCCAACAUAUUAUAUCAUCAGUUAGUCCUUAAGUUAAUUUGUACUGCUAAUCCCUAUAUGAUACUGUAAAUUUAUUUAUUACAGUAACAGUAAAUUUGUUCGUUAACAAACUCAUUAGAUUACAAGUAAAUUGUAAACGUGGCAUCUACGUGGCCUUCAAUAACCCAUAUUUCCUUUUCAUUCUUUAUGCAGCAUCUUAUUCGAGUUUGGACUUGCUGCUUACGCAGGUGGUGGACACAGUAAUUUCAUUUUCAACGCAGCAGUCGAUCUGACCAUAUUUGGAAAACGCCUUUAUCUAGCUAUUGGUUUUAACCUGAACGAUCCUGUAGGAAGUCUAAGGGGUGGGGCCGAUAAGGCUACUGACUGGUACAAAGACAAGAUGAAUCCCAAGAACCCAACAGAUACGGAGAAAAAUUACUAUGACAAUCCAAAUCCAUUUGCCGACUUUGAGAUGUCAGGUAACGAGGGUAAAAAAAUUAUAAACAAUCCAACUGAUUAAGAAUAAUCGUUUCUUCAUUUCCUUUCUUUCAUUUUUUGUAUUGGAAGAGUCUCCCUGGAACUUUGAAAAAGCAUUCUCUGGAUAAUAAGUGUCUUAGUUGUACUUGAUUGUAAACGUGAUGUGCGAUUGAAAGAGUCAUUACUUAUAAUAAAGCUAAUCUGAAUUUCUAACAAAACAUUUUUUCAAGUUCGCUUUUAUUAAUUCUAUUUUAUGCCAGGUGCUGUAAAAAAAUAAUUCAUUUCGAGCUCAAGAACUUUCUCUUUUAACAAAUUAACAAAAAAUUCGUGGAUAAAACGGCAAUCAUUCUAUUAGCAACAUUAUGUAGGUCUUAGAUGAGAAAAACAUAAGCUGGAAACAUCUCGUUAUCUUUUUUUGUACUUCAGAAAUAUUCUUAAUAGAGAAUCAGCAAUCGGCGACAGAUUACAUACGCGGCCCUUGUCUAUUCGUGGACUCCAAGGAGGAUGGUUCUCAUAUUAAAGUAACUGGUUGCAAUGCAACGAAUGAACGGCAGAACUGGGCUUACACCCUCAAAGGGCAGAUAAUGGUAAGUCUUUACGAUCCUUACGCUGCUAAUUUGCUGAUCGCACGUAGUGGAGGCAAAACCACAGAAGAAAGCCAAAAUGAAUUACUUUAUAACUAAUGGUUAAUUGUGCUACAAGCUGCAAUUAUCACUGAAAGAGACCUCGGUGGAAUGGCGUUGCUCACGAAGAUCUGACUCAUUUCACGUGAUAUUUAGGCUAAGGAGGUACACCUCCUCACCCUCCCCUCCCCGGCUUUUCUACUUGUUAGAUAUAAUUGUGACGAUGCUUGUUUGAUUUAUGAACAGAACUCAUAUUCAAGGCUAUGCAUUGACACAAAUGGAGCAACUAAGGGAUCAAAGCUUGUUCAAAGGAAAUGUGAUCCGAGACAAGACGAUCAGAAUUUCCAGUGUGACCUGACUGUCAGGUCCAUCAAGAGAAGAAGGGCAAAUCAGUGUUGGACCGUGGGUUAGUUAUCUAUGUGAAAUACAAUGAGAAAUGUUUCGGAUCGCUUUGCUUUCGAGAACAUCCUUGUUAUUUUUCUCGGAUACAUUGGGCCUGAAAGAGUUAAAAGUAAAAAUUAAAACAAUGUACACGACAUGGCACUUUCUCUUUUAAAUCAUGGUACCGUCCGGUAGGUUUCGUUUAUUUUGUCUUCAACCACAUUGCCUUUUUACCAGGUACACCUCAAAACCCCAAGAAGUCGUGUUUUGCGGUAAAAUUUUCGGGUGAGGCUCUGGCUGAGUAUUUUUGUCCACAGGUUCCACAAGCUUGGAUGGCCCAGGUUCAUUAGUUCACCUCGGCUCCUUGAAGUGCAUUCACCCGCAAGGCGGUGGAGAUAAUGUAGGAGAGGGAACUAAGCUACUUAUUCAUGGCGGGUGCAGUGAAAGCAGGUAAAAUAUAGUUGGAUUUGCAUGCAUGUGACACCAACCUUUUGAUUAAAACAAUCACCCUUUUUCUAACUAACGUCAUUUACUUGCUUACCAUUACAAUGUGAGGAGCAACUAAGUAAGAGAAUGGUCGAAAAAUAUAAUCAGACAUUGCAAAAAUAGCAGUGAUGAUGAUGACAUAUAGACAUAUGUUAUCAUAUUAGGAAAGAAAGAGUGGUUCCCCUCUUAUUCAAUUUAAGCAGGAGCUUCAUGGAAAAAGGAAACAAUCACUCACUAAUCUGAUCUGGCAUUCUUUUCGAUCAGAUUAGAGUUUGUUCUACAAAACGGUAAUCUGAAACACACCAAGAGUGGCAAGUGUGUAAAACCAAUGGGAGCAGUUCAAGAUGGUGUUGUUCUUGGUUUGUACUCAUCUUGUGAAGGACAUCAGUUUAGUUUCACUGCUGGAGGAUCCUUACAACAUGUUGGAAGCAAAAAGUGUGUCAAUCCAAAAUCAGGAGUAAGUAUAUCGCAUUUUUUCCGUUUAAGACUUAAGUGGGUGCAUUUUAAAAUGGUCGUCCUCAUCGUUUUCGCCGUCGUCAUAACUACCACGAGUCUUGGAAAAUUUUUUGAAUGCAUGACUGAAUAUGAAUCAUGGUUUUUUUAUGUUCUUUAAAUAAACCAGUUCAGUGCCAAGUGGCGGUCACGGUAGUACUCAGCUGCGGUAUAUUCAUCUCUGAAACGAAUGUCGGUGACUUGUGAAUAACUUUCUUUUCACAAUUGCUCUCAAAAAGAAAACCACCAAAAAGUAGUACAUGAAUGUAAGUGCACACUGCAGCUCACAGGAGAGCUUUUCAUUGAACGGUACCGGUUUCUCUCCCACACGCAGCAAUUAGUGAUGCAACUUAUGGCUUGCGACCAUUGAGGACUUCAACUGCGCAUGCUCCUACACCAGCGAAGGCCAUAAUCUUCAGCCUACCAACCAAACAACGAGUAAUCUAGAUGGAGUAACUUGAUUUUCUGCUCGGCUCCUAAAGAAAUCGGAGGAUGACAAAGUUACAAUAAUGAUUUUUUGUUGCCUGUACUUUCCCUCCUUAAGUGACUCUGUCUCUGUUUAUUAAUUUCAUAUUUGAAUCAAUGUUUCCAGGCAAUGAUGCCACCCAACAACGAAGAACUAGUGCUCAAUAGCAAAUGUGAAAACAGCGACAGCUCGUUCACCAAGGAACAUCUCCUGUUCAGUUUUAUUCCAAGUAAGUAAUCCUUGUUUUCAGCCAUUGAAUCUCUACUAUUUCAGUUUCUUUGGUAGCUAAAAUUUACUUAGAGCUCCUUUUUAGUUCUCUGCGUCAAUGUAAAAAACGAAGCGAAAUAAUUAAGCAUGUGACGUUUUCUUAUCAAACGAGAUAACUCUAUGAUAGUCCACUAUCCCCUACGAAGGAAAGGUAGUUACUUCGCAAAUUGAGCCUACCAUUUUGGUUUUGUUAUCCAUUAAGGUUCUUUUAUCCUCAAAUCAACUUUCUUUCUAAUUAACAGCUGACCCAUUCGUUCGCCUCGACAAAUGCACCUAUUUUGAUCAAGCUAGACUGGAUCAGCGGUUUGAGGUCGUGGACGAACCAAUUGUCAGUGUGUGUAGCAAGUUCUCUAAAAGUGAGUAGUAACCAAUGAUACCGUGAUCUUAUUUGCAAACAUGGCCGAGGAGCAAAAGACAGCAACGACUGCAUAGGUACAGAUUUUGUAUAAAAAAGUCCUUAAUGUCAUAAAAAGAAAAUUGACAUGAUCACUUUUUUCUAAGAGAAGCUAAUGUACUUAUCACCUACUGUGUCCAGAUCCAUAAAGAUAUAUUUUCUACCCUUUAUGAAGUUCCCAUGGCAUUUUGAAAAGUAAAAAACACUACACUCUACUCUAGCAUUGACUAUACACAAUAAUGGUGUCCUCAAAUUUAAAGAACACAGGCUAGACAUCUUCCCAAAUAAUGUCAAAAAUAGGAGAAUGCGGUAUCGUGGGGUCCGUAAAAUGAUUGUACGAGGCUCUAUUAAUCUACGUCUCUAGUCUGGCAACAAGGGCGUGUGCAAAAGAAUUUAUAAUCAAUGAAUAAAUAACUUUAAGAGAGCUGAGAGACGCUCGCUAUAUUUUUCUCUCUUACAUCUAGAUCUUGCUUUCAAAAAGAAAACAGAACAAUCGAGUACUGCCUACAAUGGAUUCAGUAGCCGAGCUGUCGAUGAAAAUUAUUCCAGUCAAUAUAAUGACAAGUCGUGUACUCACACCAACAAAGAACAGAAUCCGUGGUGGAGAGUUGAUCUUGGACGAGAAUACAUAGUGACAGGUAAGAUACCUAUAAAUAAUAUGGUUACAAAUGAAAAACGCAAAGUAACUUUGGUCCCUUGCUCGACGGGACUUGGUCAGUGGUUAGCAUUAGCAUGUUUGAUCGUUAAAUUUUUCAAAAGCAUUGUUCUUUGAAAAGACACCAUUUGAGAUGGUAAAAUAUUCCGUUAGUCUCAACAUCUGGAUAAGCAUACUCGUACAAGACCACACUGGUACAAUUAACUCUAAGUAUAAUUUAACUUUUACCCGUACGAACCUUCCCUUCUAUUUCAAUAAUAAUCAAGUUUUCCCAAUAUAGCCGAAAUACACUCUGAGUUGUUAAUAAAAAUACUAAAUUUGUCGCUAGUAUCAUAACAGAAUAUGGUGGCCUUACUCCGAACGAUCUAAAGAGCUUUUUAAAGGCUAGUGAACCACGAUUAAGCUUCCUUAAAAUUCUCAAGUUCGUCAAUUGAAAACCGUUCUACUUUUCUCCAUGCAAGGCAUCCUUAUGCCAUCUUUGUUCACCAUUGCCUCUUAAAUAUUCUCUAUCUCGCCAAACUAUCAUACUAUGGUCUUCCUUUCAUUGAAGGAACUUUUACGCAGCGCAAAAUUGGCCUAAUUAUUGUUAUCACAAUCCUAGCUGUCAAUCCUGUUCUCUUUGUCGGAUGUAUUCUAUUUUUCCCUAGCGAUAUAAAUCUUUUUGUCCCGCGAAUGAAUACUGUCAUAACUACUUCACAGUUACAUUUAUUUUGAUUCUUUUUCUCAACCAGACGUAAUGAUAGUAAAUCGUUAUAACCACUUCGAGCGUCUUAAGAACUUUGACGUCAGAGUCGGAGUCAAUAAAGAUAACUUACAAAAUCCUACAUGUCAUGACCGCGUGAGGAUUGUGGGCCAGGGAGAAGCUCUCAGGGUGCAGUGCGAUCCACCAAUCCCGGGACGAUACGUGUCAGUACAGAUGUUUGGAGAAGGAAUUCUAACCAUGUGCGAGGUUACUGUAUACUCCAGAGUGGGUGAGUGCAUUUAAGAUAGUGAAACACCUUUGGUCGUGAUCAUAAGCUCAUUUAGCCACUUCUACGCCGACAGGAAAUUUGAUGGUAAGUGGAAUUGCCAUAGGAGAUGUUUUCGCUAGAAAAAGCCAACCAAAUUUAUUUCCAAACACAUUAAACUUUGACCUUUAACACUUUUUUUAUGCUUUUAAAGGUGCACUAGCGGAUCUUUGUCAACUGGACAAUGGCGGCUGCUCACAGGUUUGUUACAACCUGUGUAACCUGAAAGUCAAGUGUAGUUGUUGGCCUGGUUACACUCUGGCUUAUGAUGGAAAAACUUGCAUGGGUAAGAUAUAAAUUUUUUAUUUAAUUUUUUUCGAUGUGCCUAUUUCCUCUCGUUGAGAAAAAAAGGCUCUGGAUGUGUUUCUCUUUCCAUAUAUAACUUUCGCUCGAGAUUUUCGACUUUUAACCGUUGAAUCUGUAACUUCGCCAUGGUGGCUCCGGGGAUAUUCAGUGUCUUUCCAUCACUUACUCUUCCAUAUAAUGUCUUUAGAUAAAAAUGAAUGCCAGGCUAACAAUGGCGGUUGCGAUGUCAUCAAUGGCGUAUGCAUCAACACUCCGGGAAGCUAUCAUUGUGCCUGUAAGAUUGGUUUCCAGCUUAAAGAGAACAGUGAACUCAUUUGCGAAGGUAAGAAAUAAUCAGCAUGCAACAAACUUCUACGAAAAUGAACUUAAAUUUUUGGCACUUUUGAUAAAGAUAAUGGGAUUUAAUUCUCUUAGUGCAGACCAAAAUAUUCAAGCAAGGAAAAUUUAAUGAGGUCUACUUCUUUGUUCAAUAAAAAAUAGAAUUCUUAUUGCGUGCCGGAACGCUGAAACGCUUUCUCCGAUAUGUGGUUUACUCACUUGGACAUCCAGAGGGAUGGGUCACAUAAACUUCUCCCCAGAUAUUCUCCUUCAGUCGAGAUUGCGGAAGUUACCUUUUCAAUUUGCAGUGGAGACUGAGCAAAAGAGGCUUUUUGAGGUUCCAAAGUCUCAUGCUUUAUACAAUCCCAACUUAUUAACCUUAGAACGCGAAGAGUACCUCUGGAAUAAACUGUACAUGACUGAGAAUUAUAUUGUAUAUCUUGCAAGCUUAAUUUACUGAUUACAAGCUUUUUUUCUUUCUCAUUCCAUACAGACUUCAACGAAUGCAACCUGAACAACGCGGGAUGUGAACACAUUUGUGCCAACAAUGAAGGAAGCUUUAACUGCGAAUGUAGAAAGGGAUUUAAACUAAAGGAUGACAAAUAUGGAUGCGAGGGUGCGUAGGAUUGUAUAUGAGGACUGUAUCUCUUAAUGAAUACGCGCUGUAGUCGGUUUUUGAAUAGAAAUUUGCGAAAGUGCGAGCCAUAAAUCGUGACGAAAACAGGAUCGUUCACGGAUUUACUAAACGGACCUUGAAUCCGGUCAGUGCGAGAUAUUUGUAAAUAUUAAAAGCAGAUUUAUAGAAAAUAUUGUCAUAUUUCAAAUCACAUAAUAAUUUUGCUUUUCUUUGUGUGUAUGCAGAUGUCGAUGAAUGUAGUUUGCCUGAGAAGGGUGGCUGUGAAUAUAAAUGCAGUAAUUAUGAAGGAGGAUAUUACUGUACUUGCCCGGCUGGUUAUCGGCUGAUGGACGAUGACAAAGGAUGUGAAGGUAAACCUUUAUUUAUGAUGUAAUCUGCAGUGUCAGUGACUCAAAAGGAAAAGGUUGAGACGCUAGAUUUUAUUUGAGGUGUAGGCUCGACAUUGACUUGGUCAUGAGGCAAAAACUGAAAAUCUAUAAUUUCUAUCAUAUAUUUUUUUCAGUGUCAGUUUCAAUAAUAUCAAGCGAAGUAAAAAUAUCAAUAUGUGCCCUGAAGUAAAUAGCUUCUAUGACAUUUACCUAACCGUCUCAUGGAAAAAACGUAAAAAUUGUUGGCCGCCUGUCAUCUCUUUCACCAUUUCAUCCAUUGUUCUUACUUCCUUCUGGACUGUUUUGAUUCGACCAGGCACUGUCUGACAACAACAGACAUAGAAACAACUGAAAAUCUUCUCUUGUCUAAUUGUCAAAUUUUUCCAGCUCAUUCAAAUUUAUGUAAAUAAAACAUGUUUUAGAUCUUAUUGAUCCGAUAAUUUGUUUCGCAGAAAUUUACUGCCCAGCGCUGGAAGCUCCUUUCCGUGGCACCAUCUCCCCGACAACCUGUACAGACGAUCGUUCAAAUAUCAGGCGUAACACUGUGUGUACAUACGGCUGUGUAGCUGGCCACAAUCUCGCGGGCGGAAGCCAAUCCUUGGUUUGCCAACUUGAUGGAAUGUGGCAAGGAACUGUUCCCUACUGUAAACGUAGGUGUUACUCAUUCGAUAGACAUUAAAGAUUUUUGCCUUUGGCCAACUGUUCUUUUUAGUCUUUACAUUCGUCGACCCUGAGCUCUGACCGUGAAAGCAAUCACGAUUAAAGAUAGCUUUGAUUUGGUUUAAAAAUUCUCAAUAGUAGCCUUCAUUCAUUUGAUCAUCCAAUCAUAUUCAUACAAUUCGUAGCGGUCAUGUGUCCCAAGUUGACUGUACCAGACAAUGGCGGAGUCAUUCCAGCUUCAUGUUCCAGAACAGGCGUUGAGUACGGAACACGUUGCGUAUUCUAUUGUGAUGAUGGUUAUGAACUGAGCGGGCCCAGGUAUUCAACAUGUCAAGCUGAUACUUCAUGGAGUGAGAUUGCGCCAUUAUCAUGCGUGAGAGGUAUGUUAAUGUGGGAACGAGGAACACCAUUAGGACUGCCACAUUCCCGCGAACUUGAAGGAAAAGUGAAGUUUAAUUCACCAAAAAGAUUGAACCGUAAUUUAGGAACUUUUGGUUUAGGUCUGAAGAUAAGAUUAAAAAAAAGAAACCGAAAUAAUUAUCCCUUUGAUAAGUGUGUACCUCCUUCCAGCUUGUCCGUAUUCAUGAUGUCAGCCAUAAUAAAACUUCCGCUUUUUAAUCUCACUUGAUAUAGAUUAAAACCAGUCCUUAACGCACUCGCCUUUUCGGUUAAGUAGAUUUUCGCCUGCCGCAUAAAAGAAUUAUAAAAACAUUUGUCAGCUAUGGAUGAACCAGUUAUUAUUUCUUUGCUGUGAGGUACAUGGCAUCUUAGAGAACAUGAUGAUUUUUUUCCUAAUAACCGAAGAGCACUUCAUCUAACUUUAUAUUCUGUUCUACACUUUUGAUUAUUUGCGUGGGGUAAGAAACAGAAGAAAAUAUAAGACAACGGACUCCGCUGGUAAAGAUAAUGAGGACUUUUUAAAUUUUAUCUUUUCUCUCUUUCUCCUUUUAAAAGUUUACAAGGAUCCAUGGAUCGCUUGUCCAAUCGACAGAGUAGAAGAACUUGAUCCAGACAAGUCCACUGUGGUUCUUGGGUUUAAGUGGCAGCUUCCUCGAACCAACAUGAAGAACGUGAAAGUGUCGCCUAGCAACUACGAUGAAAACUAUCCAUUUCCUGUUGGCAGACAUCGCGUCACGUGGAUAGGAACCAGUGAAAGUGGAACACAGAAGAGUUGUAGCUUCCACGUGACAGUGAAUGGUGAAUUUUAACCUUUUUUAAACUAAAACAUUAGAUUAAUCUGAAAGGUACCCUCUGAAGAGAACGACCGAUAACAGUCGAUUCACAACUCUCUGCAUCUAAAAUUUAUGGUUUUUAAUGCAAUUUUUGUGCUUUUUUGAAAAGUAAGAUGAGCCUAUGUAAAUAUUUUUUUCAGACGUGACGCCACCCUCCGUCCAAAAUUGCCCGGCGUCCUUUUCCGAUCGUACCAACUCUCUACAAAAGCAUGUCACCUGGACACCGCCAACCUUUAGUGACAAUGUAAAAGUAGUUAGUGAGUUAUCCAAUCGUCAGCCUGGAUUCGAGAUGCAAACUUUCACGUCUAUAACCAUACGGUAUACGGCCUUAGACGCCGCAGGAAACGUUGCCUAUUGCACCUUUAACAUAACUCUGGAAGGUAUGUGGUACUGGCAAGCUUUUAUGCAUCCAAACUUUCAGAUUCUGAUUGCAUCAUAUUCGUAGGCUCAGCACUCACCCGUUACUUUCUUACUCGCGUAAUCUGCUUUUUCUGCGUACCGUCUGCGCUGGGAUAAAUAGCUGUUUCCCACUUUCCUUUUGACCGUGGUUUUCGAUCGACAGACAAAUAAGUGACAAUCGAGUUUCUUCAUGCACAAUCUCUAUUACAGCCAGUUCUAGGCUAUUUGAAUCUCUGGAGUAGUUCCGAAUUAUUCUUGAAAUGAUAUGAAAUAUUGUGUUCACAACUAAUCAUGGCUUCCCAGGUUCAACGUGCGUUACAAUUGCUCACCCAAAGAACGGCAUGGCUGCGAAGCUUGGCUUUUUCCUGCAACUGCGGUGUAAUCCUGGAUACUUCUUUAAUCCACUUCCACCCGGACUUCCCCCUGGACAAAUGAUUAUCCCUUUUUAUCGGUGCAUGGGCAACAAAUGGGUUUCACAGAAUGACAGAAAGUCUAUACUGACUGAGUCCACAGAUUGCGUGCGUAAGUAAAAUAUUCUGUAACGAAAGAUGUAUCAUGUACUAGGCAAGGAGGGACUGGGAUAAGAUUUGGAAGGAGCAAGGUCGAACAUGGGGACUAACUGUAUCUUCUCAAGAUACAGAUAUAUAUGUUUAGAGGAUAUGCCUCUUACUAACCGAGUUCAACGUCCGUCCUGUCCGAAAUGGACUGAGCUUUUUCCGCUCGAAUUUGUGGCCCAAGCGAGAAGUGCGCGAGUCAUAAAUCCCAGCGGAAAAGAAAGUUGUUUAACGCCAAUUUUUAAUACUAUACGGAUUGGAAUCGUAAUAAUCUGCAACUUUAUGGCCGAAUAAGAAGCUGGCAACUUUUCCAUUGAGAGAUGGAUGUUAAGCUAUAUACUAUCAUUAGAAAAUUAUUGUCUCAAUGCUAAGAAUAAUCAGUACUCUCGAAAGUGUUCUGAUUCAUUGUCCUUUCAAAAGCUUGUUGAGGACCAAGACACCAGGAAAAGUCAUUAAAUAAGUGGGGAAUACGAUAACUACCUCUCGCCAUUUUUUUUGAAAUAAAUGAACCUUAUGUAAACUGGCCAAUUACAUGAGAACUAAAUCAAAUUUUUCUUUUCUUUUCCAGGUUAUCAAACGUUCGUGAAAGGAUCACCAUGCCCCGAUGGAAGUUUCAAACAGGAUUUUGGUGCUACAAGCAUCUGCUGUGAGUAAAAUUACUAAGACUGAGAACAAAAGUCAGUACUCAUCAUUUCGUAUUCUCUCGCUAAAAAAAGCACCAGAGAAAAUUGGAGUGAUCAAAAACAUCCGCAGCUCCAAGUGUGGGGCCACGAUACUAGCAUGUCUUUCUCAAAUAGGAAUUAUUUUCCAUAAAAGACAAAGGGAGGUUUCAUCUUUCAUUUAUGGUUGUGCCGGUAUUAAAUGCCACUGGUUCUAAAGGCUAAAGGAUAGAAGCUUCCCUAUACGUUUUUUUUUAGCUGGAAGCGGCUUAAGUAUUGCCAUGCUAACUUCUAAGAGUGAUGAAGAACACUACCCUGUGUGCAGUAACCUCUCCGACAUAACCAGUUGCGUAGCCUUUUGCCAAAAUAGCAUUCCUCCUGCACAAUUGCAAGCUCUCAAAAAAUAAUUUUUACUUCCACAGAAGUUUAAAUGAAAUGGCAAAUAAUUUCGUCGUCAAUGUCUCUUCAAGAAUUAGUACCUGGGUUCCGAGACACCCGUAGCUUCUAAAAUUCUUAAUAAAAUGCGCCGAGAAAUUAAUACUCGUGAUGAUGUACAAAUUAAAAUGAUUAUAAAAGAGCGACAGUGAUAGUUACAAUGCAGAGUCUCGGAAAUAACUUAAUUCAAUUUUCCGAGUUUAAAUGCAUUUGAUUGUCAGUUGAAGUACCGACGCAUUGUUGUCUGCUCUGUUAUUCUUAGUAAACUGUCCAUCGGGAACGUACGCUGACACCAAAACCAAAUCAUGUAAAGAAUGUACCCCUGGCUUCUAUCAGGACGAGGAAGGAAACAUGGGCUGUCUUCCAUGCCCGAAGAACACAUUCAGUGUCGCAAAGAGAGCUAAAUCAGUUGGAGACUGCAAAGGUAGUUUUAUGUAUUUUCAUAUAUGGUUGAAUGAGUAACUAGCAUGCAGAGCAAGCGUAUUUUUAGCGAGCGACUGUUCGGUAUUCUCGUGGGAAAAAUUAUAGCCGCCAUCUUUGAUUUUUACAGCAGCAGAAGGCUGGGGAGAAAAAGACGGCCAUCUAAGCACUUUAAAAAGGUUUAUCAUAAGGGUCCUUUAGGAAAAAUAAAAUAAAUUACAAAAUUUUGCAACUGUCGGCGGAUUCUUAACAUUUAUGGUCAGUGGCUCUCAGUUGAUCAUUUUUUUUACGUCUGACUUUUCAGCUGUCUGUAACCCUGGUUACUACUCUACUAUUCAUGGCGUUGAACCAUGCGUUGAAUGUCCUAUGGACACUUAUCAGGACAAUGAACAGAGAACUCAAUGUCACGCAUGCCCAGUUGGAACACAUACAGCCAGCACCGGAAGUACGUCACUGGAAGACUGCCUGUGUGAGUAUUUCCUUAACUAAGCUUGGAUCCUUUAAAAGUCGGCUGGAAUAGUUCCUAACUAGAGUGAAAAUAACUUCUUUGGUAGACACGUGUCUUCAAAAACACGAGGAGGUAACCAAGAUAUGUUUCGUGUACAUGUCUGAUGCAAUAGGUUUAGUAUGACAUAGCGAGAAGUUUAAUGCAUAGUCGAGCAUUGUCGACUAGUUACAAGCUCUUCUCCGAUCCGGCUCUGCAUCUAAUCUCUUUCUAAUCUACGAACUAAAAAUGUAUGACAAUGCUCUAAUCUGAGGAAUCAUCUAUGUUUGUUUCCCCUUUGUCAGCUCCUGUUCGUAUUACAGACAUCAUUCCAUCACAGGAUUAUGCAACUUAUGAGAAUGAAGCUAUUUCGCUUGCGUGCUACAUAGCAGGAGACCCAACCCCAACAGUUUCAUGGGGAAAAGUUGGAGGUAAUAUAUAUAACAAAUAUAAAACUAAAGAAGCACUGCUUCUCUCUGCUCUCAUAUUUCCUGCCACCAUCUAUCCCUCGGUUCGCAUAGACUAUAUAGUGACUACAGUAAUUUUCUAUUUGACUCAAUUUAAGACUCCCAGUUUCUUUAAAAACUCACGUUAUGUUUCUUGAAUCAGUCAAGGGUAAUUACAAUGUUUUUCACGAUUCUUUAUCAACUUUACUUCUUUAAUUCGCAGGUUCUCUUCCUUCCAUGGACCGACUCGCAAUUACCAAUAUAUUUGACCUGGAUGGAAAGUUGGUCGGUGUAGAAUAUGUCAUAUCCACUGCUGUUGUGGCUGAUUCUGGUGGUUAUAAGUGCACGGCUACUAACAAACACGGUUCGGUCAGUAAGCAGGUCAGAAUAAACGUCCAGGCUGGAUCACCGCCCGGUAUCGUGCCCCAAUAG